AUGACAAACAAAUGGCUCGUUCAAAGGACCACCGACGUUGCAUCUGUGCAAAACACCUCGAGCGCGUACAGCAGUGCCGCAUCGAGCGCAAUGGGUAAUCUCAAUGCAAACAGCCUAUACAUGGCCGAUCUUAUCGAUAAUGGUGCACUUAAGUCCGCAAGUACAGAAUCUAUCAGCAGUACACCGCCAGUCCCACCGAGACGGAAGAAGCGCAAAGCGAAGCUCGCGGCGAUUGCAAAAUCUCCGAAAGGAACGUCACCGACUCGUCUCAGAAAACCAGACAAAAAGCGUUUGGCGCCACCGCCUCCGCCGCCUCCGCCGCGAGCAGUCCGAAAGAUCAAAUCUCACGUCGCCAAAGAUCAGGGAGAAGAAAGGACGUCGAACUCGCAGACAGUAGGCGAUGCGGAAGAAACGCUAAAUAGUCUAAGUUCGAACGAGACGGGGGAAACUUCUCAGCCGUCGUCUUUACAGCUCGAGGGUGCUGACUCGGUACGGAUCGAGAAAGCGAGUAAAGAUGAAAACGAGAAAGAUGACAGGUGUGGUUCAAGCAGUGACACAAAGUCGCCGCACAAACGUCCGUUUGUAUUCGAAACUUUCGCUAGGAAAGAAACCAACAAGUACCCGCCGCUGUUCUUCACUUUGCACGAUUUUCAAAAUGUGAUGUCCAACACGCUGCAGCGUGAAGACGAUUUCAAUGAUGAGCCUUCUGCGAAUUUCGACAGCUCCUUUCACGAUUCCUUUCGCAACUCCCUUCGAAACUCCUUUCGCGAAUUCUUCGCGAAAUCGUUAGACGACGAGGAAGACGAUUUGUGUUUCCGCGUGACCACCACGAACCUUCCAUUCGAGAAAUGUUUGGACACAUGGACCGCUAAGUUUACCGAUCGUUUGGUCGAGAAUUUCGACGUACCGAGUCGUUUUAUUUUCGAAGAUUACGUCGAUAGAAGUAACAAGGUAAACGUCCGACGAUCGGCUGGCCCGAUGUGUCACGACAGCUUUGAAGAGGAACCAACGGUACCUCGGUUGACCAAAGUGAGGUUCUUGAUCGAGUCACCUAACCCGUCGACUUCAGAUCACGAAUUGAAUAACGAUGGCGAGACCACGUGCGACAGUUUCCAAAAUAUCGAUCCCCUGACAAUUGAGCAGGAAGUCAGCUGGAAUCGUGGCUCUUCCGUGAAAUUGACCGAGGUCACGGACGAUAUCACUUGCACGGACAUGAAUAAGACUUUUGGUCAGGUACAAGAUUUCCAGCAGGAUCAUGACGAGUUCGGUGACGUAUCUUUUAGUUCCAUUUUGAAAACAGGGGACAGUUUUGACCGGUGGUAUUCCCUGGACGAUGCCACGAAUUUUAUCAGGGCGAUCGAUAAGGGAUCUUUUGGUCAGGACGAUCGUGGUAAUUCCAAUGAUUCGACCGGUACUUCGAUCGGGCACGAUUCGCAAGACGAGUCCCUUUGUUCCGAGGAAAAACUAAAAGUCGCGGACGUCAGCGAAACGGAGUCGAGUUUAAUCAAGUUAAAAGGGGAAUGCUGUUCUGUGUUGGCUGAGGUUAGAGACGAUUGUUCGGAAAAGCCGCCCGAGGACAACGGUUUUGCGCGGGCUUCAAAUAACUGCACUGCUUCGAAUAACGCGAAAGAUAAUAAAAAAUAUCACGAUGAAAAGGAUUUGACGAGUGGAGCUUCUGAAAAUGAAAACAACAAUGUAAAACGCGAAGAAAUCAUUUCUAUCGGUACUAAUGCGACUGCGAAUAACUUUGAUUGGAAAUUGGAAUUAAUAAGUAAUGAGGUAAACGUCAAUUUUGUUCAGGAAGAUUCGAUAAUUGGUAGGGACAAAUAUCUAAGGACUGAAAUUAGUGAAGAACAGUCGACAAUAAACGAGACAAAAGUCUUUGAUCAACAAAUAAUAAAAAACAAAGUAGAGAAUAACGUUUUGAAAAAACAUUUAUUAUUAAAUAGAACAGAGACUGAUAUUAGCGAGGAAGUAUCGUCAGCUGAAGAGGAUAUGGAGGUUGACAAACAGCAAUUACAAACGAAUUCAGUCGAUAAAUCCACGGGAGAGUACAGAAGAAAGAUUUUCGUAAACGAAUCGCUUCGAAAUAUACUAAAUCGUUGUGAUUUCACGUCGAAUGACUUUGCGAACGGCAGUGAAGAUUCUGAUGUGCAAGACGAUAAUUUGGACACUGGCGAUAUUUCUGUAGGUGAGAGCGAGAGAAAUUUCAAGGGCUUAAUUACCAAAGAUGACACGGGACAGGAGACGAAGGAUAUUCCAGUUAGCCAAAGUAAUAAAAAAUCACAAGAUAGUUUUAUAGGUAACGAAUCACUGGAAAAAAAGAAAAGUAUCACUAAUCCGGUUAAUAUUCAACGAAACUCUUUUCUAAUCAAUAUGUUGUCCGAGGAUACAGAUCAGAUGUGUACGAGCUGUGAAAUCAUUGCUCUUCACCCAAAAUCACUAGCGAAGAGCGAAGUAUCGAUUUCGAAGGAUGAAGAAGGAAAGAAACUGGCGAACCGGUUAAACGAGUCGAUAAAAAUGGAUUCAGAGAUCCAGAAAAUUUUACAAGAGUCUAAAGCGCCGUUGAAAAGGGUAGAAACCACUUUCCCAAAGCCAACAACGGCCAAGAAGAUUGCCGAAACGAGCAAGAAAACCACCGGUGAGGCGAAGUGCGAUGUAUUGAACGAGUUGCUCUCCAAUUUUAGUAACAUUAAAUUGAAACCGGUGAACGACGAGAGGAGAAGUGCCGCUGAAAGUCAUCCGCGAGUAAAAACUUCUUCUCGGAAAGAGAACGAUAAGGAGAGAAUCGAAUCUAUGUCAGAUAGCCGUACACAAAGUUUGAAAGAUUGUAACGGUAAUUCUUUUUUGGAGACCACGAAAGCGAGCGACGAGUCGAUAAAUCUCAAAGCAGGAACUUCUUCGGUUAAACAGUGGCAGUAUGCUGCCUCUUUGACGACGAGAAAGGUUCUAGAUGACCGGAACAAGAGUAACGAAUCACAAAUAGAGUCUGAAGGGUCCAAAAAUUGUACUGCAAAUAGCACAGAAUCCGUGAAAACGCCAGACAGCUGCUAUAUUUUAUCAGAUCGUAAAGAAGAGUCUCGAGAAAUGGAUGUAAACAGAGUCGUAAGAACGGUUAAGCAGUGGCAGUAUGCUGCUUCUCUGACGACGAACAACUAUAUUUCAGGUGACCUGAAUAAAGGUAACGAAUCACAAAAGAGGUCUGAAAACUUCCAAGGUGACGUCAGCUUUGUGACCAGUACUGUGGAUAGAAUAAACGGAGUCGAAAGAGCCACGUACCAGGAUUACUCGGGAUUAUCGAGGAACACGAACGAAGUUCUCUUCGAACCGAUCAAAAGCGAUGAUGUCAGAAGAGUGUCUGAUGAAGGAGGAAGAGGAGGAGCAAGCUCCGUGGAAUGUCUGCAGAUGAUAGGCUGCAGCGCAAAGACUGACGAGUCGCAUAAUCGUUGCGCGUACGCGCGACAGUUAGAGUUAAACAAAAGUAUGAGUAUGAGUAGCGGCGACAAGCGUGCCAUAGCUAGAAGGAUUUCUCAACCCCAUCGUAAUAAUAAUGACAAUAAUAAUGACAACAGAGCUGUAACAUCCGUAGCUGUAAGUGAUGACCAAUCCUGCGACACUGUAACGAUAACUCCUGGUAGAGUUAGGAGUUUCAUUAAGUAUUACGAGAUUCAACGCGAGGCGACAACCGACAAUGAUUCUAAAACUAACGAUAGAGUAGAUAAGGACCCGAUGCCUGAGCACCAAUCGGUGAUCAGCAUCUGUAGGGGACUGGAAGCGAGGACCAUCGAGGCUAAGUUCUUCGAAGCGCAGAAAAAGGAUAAUUCUAAGUCGUUCGACACGAUAAAACGGGAUGAUUAUUGUGGGCUAGUAGCGGAUCAAGAUUUCGAAAGAUCGAUCGGUUCAGCGAGGAAAGAAGGAAAGUGUGCUGCAAUCGUAGAAAAGAUUGGAACAGAGUACUCGAGUAGAUUAGAUGCUCCUAUUGCGAAUAUGGAAGAUGAUUAUGUGGAAAUGAAGAAGCAGAUACACGUGUCACCGAAGUCCAUUGUUGAUUCAUGUGCGCAUCCUGGAUCAGCUAAGAGAAAGAAGUCUGUGAAAUUUCAAGGUGGUUUCACCGUGAUCGGUGCGAAAGAUCCUGACGACAAUGGUACCUCGGGGAGUCCUGCUGGGAGUCCUGCGGGUCAGGAUACAAAGUUGUUGGAUAAGAAGAAGAAUUUCGACAAGCUGACGUUGGAGGGUAGUGUUCUUCCCGAGAAAGUAGAUUUUGACGUUGGACAACUUGCAGAAUUGUUGGACGCUGACUCGCGUUCUUUGGAGAAACGAGAAACUGCUGCUCAGAUACAAGCCGCAGCGAAAUGUGAGGAAUGUUCAGGUAUUAAUCGCUUCGUUCCAAAACCAGAAACCCCACGCCUCGUAUUUUAUUGUACUGUAUAGUUAAAACCGUAGUUUCUAAAUGUCGUCGUCGUCGUUUUCCCGAAUCUCGGCGAGAUUUCACCGUGACGCUUAGCGUCGUAGCUAAAUUCGAUCUUUUCCACACUGUUUCUUACGUGUUUUAACUGAAGAACAGAUUUCGCGCUGUUUCGCGAGAACCUGCGCAGAAUUCCAUUAUCUCGCAAACAAAACGCUGAAACAAUUUUUGUCAAUUUAUCAUUAUUAGACAUUUUAUGUGAUGUUAUGAUUUAUUGAAGUUAUGAAAUAAUUUGAAACGAACUAUCGUGAAAUUAUAGGGCGUUGAAAGAUAUCGAAAAAUAGGAAAUAUAUUAGGCUACUAAAACAUUUCUUGGCACAAAUCGCACAUAUAUGAACUUCAUGUUUCAAUGAAAGUUUUGUCAAUGAAAAAUUUGAAUAUAUUUUCAUAUUUUGAUAAUCUUACCGGUAUCUAUGUUGUCAAAUGAAGUUGGAACAGAAAGAUAUAAUUUUGUGUAUUUCCCAUAUGAAGAUCACAGGGCUGAUACACAAUAAAAUCUUUUUUAUUGAUUUCUUGCUAUUAACGUCGUUUUGUGGUAGUUUGAGGUUCUGUUAAAAGUCGACGGUAUAGCUAAUAUUAUAACAAUCGAUAUCUCGGAAUAUUCAAAUCACUAGCAAAGAUACAUAUUCAAUUUUAAAAGCAAAUACAAAUACGUCGGAUUACGAUGCAACAUAUUAAGUUAAUGAAUUAAACGAAGAAAAUUGCUCACUCUUAAAGGCAAACAACACGUGACUUACCACAUUUCUUCAUAUUUCAAUUCAGCAAAAUGAAAAGGAAAUACAAUAUCAACUCUAAUUCUAUUAAUGUCAAACGAAAUUCUAAGAAACAUUUAUCAGUCGAUAUUGUUAGAAACAUUUUAACUUUACAUUUUAAUCCAAGCUCAAUAUCGCUGCGUUAAAAUAUCUAAUAAAUAGUCUCCAACAGUCACAAACAGUCUUCCAAUCGACCAAAUCAAAACAUUACGAACUAUUGCAAAUUACCUUCGUGUUUCUAUCAAUCACGGGAAAAAGUACGAAACGAUCUUUUCCUAAAUCACAAUAACGGUCGUUUGUUCUUAAAGAAUAACCGAAUAUAACAGCCAGCGAUGAUAGGAUAUCAGUUGACAAACAGAGGUACUUAGAUCACCAAUUCGCAAAGCAAAGAGUAAUCGUGUGUUUCCGAACGGUUUGCCACGUCCUACUACGAAAAGAGUUCGACAAAGUUUCGUCGGGUUAAGGUUAAGCCACUCGUUCGAUACACAUUUCGACUAACGUGGAAGGACAGAUCGCGACUAGCAAAUGUUCCGUUUCUCUUGGAAGGAUUUAGAGUUAUCGUGUAUCCGAUGGAUAAACAGAUUUUUCGGUCAAGCGCAUUAGCCAGUUCGUGAAAUGUCUCUUCCUAGCGGAUUUAUUCGAUUCAGCCCGCAUUUGGCGCGUCGCAGCUUUUUCUCCUAAUUUCUUGCAUCAUUUUGACCGACUUAUUUUACGUGUUUUCGGAUAAUGGGGCUCCGCUAGAUUUACGGCCCCCUCGACGAGGCCGUAGAGCAAAAAGCGCCGACGCGAUUUGUGGCUUCGCUCGAAUUGUCUGUUUCUUGCGUAAUGUGACGUUUUCAGGAUGGAAAACUUUGUGAAACUCUUUCGAAUGGAGCGGAACGCGGCAAUGAGAAGAUUUCUACGGCGUUCUAGACUUUGAUGGUGUCGAUGAUGGUGAUUACAUUGAAAAUAUUUAUGGCUUCAUGGGAAACUUGAAGAUGGAAAAACGUAUAGAGUGUUCAUAAUACAGAAAUACGUACAUGAUAUUCAAAGUAUAGUACAAAAUAUUCAAAGUAAAUACGAUAUAAGGUAAAUAUAAAAUGAAGAUGGUAACAAAAUUUCUUAAGGACAAAAAUAUUAACGUUGAAAAAAUUCACUUUAUUAUUUAUCAAACAAUUAUUUAUAUAGGAAAUUAAGUAAUUACAAAAUUAUAAAUUACAAAUGACAAACCUGUUACAGUAUACUCUAGACGAAAUAGUCUGCAGUAAUUCGAAAAGUGUCAACACGAUAUUCAUUGCAAUAUUCACUCCAUUAUUUAGAAAGAAAAAAAAUAAAUUUGUACUUACCUCGUAUUCUCGAAAGUACUUCGUUAAACAAAGAUCGAGGAAGACUGAACUGAGAAGGGAAAGCAAUUACCGGAAUGAAAUAGGAAGCGGGAGAAGCGUCGCCGUAUACAAGAAAUCUGUUCUUCCGUUGAACUCCUUUAGCACGGUUAGAUUCCGUUCUCCAAUUGACUUUUAGUCGUGUGUGUUUAACGAAACGGCAAACAGCUCUUAGCUCUGUUAUUGUCGCGAACCUUCCUUGCGCGUCCUUGCAUUAGGAGAACGUUGUUUUUUGGCGACAUAGCGUAUCGCAGAAACCGCGCGUGUAUAACCCCAUUAUCCUGCAUAUAUUGUGUAAUUAUAACGUAAAGGUGGAAGUAAUUUACGUGGUAGAGUAGUGGCGAAGUAAUAUACUUGUUGCGCUGUUUGUGUUACGUAUACGUAUUCAGCUGAUCAAUUUAACACAUGUUUAGUAUCCAGUGUCGUAAAAAGUACUUUCAUUUCGGUUCUUACGAAUGAAUGUUAUUUCUCAAUGGACGAAUGUUCUGUGUUUCGUGGACGAGAUAUUAAAAUUAAAAAGAAGAAAAAGAAAAAUGAGAAGGAGAAAGGAAGGAGGUUAUAAUACUUUACGUCUACAUCAGAAUAUACAUGGUUUACGAAAGAAUAGUUGUAAUUAAGAUGAAAGGUAGAUGUAUGAACUUUGCAGAUAAUACUUGAUAACUGUGUUUUUUUUAAUUAAUUUUUUGUUAGAUAGGAUCUUACGACAAAUGUUGUCCUAAGUAUGUGUAUACCAUAAUAUGUACAUAUUAUACAAAGGUCGGAUAAGCUUUUAAUAGGUUGCAAGUUGCUCGAAAGUCAUUGAAAGCUUAUAUUAUGUGUGAAAUAUAAUUUAAAUUGUAUAUUGGAUAGACGUUAUUUUAGAAUUAUGUUGUAAUAGUUUUUUGUUGCUUGAAACUUAAUAAUGAGUCAGGAAGAGCCUGAUCUAUUAAAGUAGAUAUUUUUCUUCAUAAAUUAUUUUACAUAAAGAAGCACCAAAAGACAGUUUUACGAUUUUUUAAGAUACUAUCAGUACUGUACGAUAUUAUUAUCAAUUUGAAAUAUUAUUAACAUGAUACGAUAGCUUUUCAAUCGUUUAAUUAUCCAGAUGUUACUGUAUCACUGUUGCUAUUAAUACUGCAUUAAUCUACAAUCAGAGUAACAUGUUCAUAAUUAAAACGUGAAUGAAAUGAAUUUUUACUUGAAUAAUGUUCUUAACACAUAGAAAAUCAAUGCUGAAUGCUACCAAUAAUUCUUUAUUGAAUCGUCAUAAAUAAUAUCAAAUCGCAUAAUUUAUUGUCGCUGUCUCCUCGUUUCUUCAUAUUCAUAUGCUUUCGGAUAUGUUCUAUUCACUUUUUUACUCAUAAAAAUAGAACAUAAAAUAUAGAACAUAUAUAGAGGAAUAGAAUUAAAUACACAGCAAUCAGAUUAUCAGGUAACACCAAAGUUUAACUCGAAGGUUACUUCAUCAAGCAUCUCCAAACUUCUUCUAACAACACAAACGAAAACAAAUCAAAUUGGAUAGAUUUAUAGGUAUACUUUUCGAUGGUGUCAGAAUUUCGCGACAGUGCAGUGUCGUGGAAGGCCUGGUUUCUAGCAACCUGUGUAAAGUUUUCGGUUGAUUUCAAAUAUGUCGAACGUGGCGUGAUAGCAGAAAGUUUCUGACACGCGUGGCAGAUCGAGUUAAAGGACGGUUCGAGUUCCGUCAAGUUCUUUUUGGCACGUUUGCCAGAAUCAGACGCGUUUCAGCUGAGAUCGGAUACACGAUUCAAUCACGUGGAUCUCGCUCCAGAAAUAUUUCAUGAUUUUCCACUUGUACAUUUCUGCGAUUAAUAUUUUUCCUGUAACAUACGGCAUGUAGAAUUGAUCAAAUACACGAGAUGUUCAAACGUUUCUAAUCCAAACUGAAUACAAUUUGAUUUUAGAAAAUUGCCAAGUACUUGAUCGUUGGAAUAUAUUUUGAGUGAGAUCGACUCGUUCAAACCGAUCAAAAUUUGUUCAAACUCACUCAAACCAUCAAAAUAUGUUGUUCGAUGUUUGAAUUGCUUAUCUUUUUCGAGUUAUUUGGAAAUCUCAAAUGACAAAAAUCUGAUCGAGGAAAUCAUACGAUCGGAUAAUAGAAUGGAACGAUGAUGGAGAAUACAAACGUAUACAGAUCGAAAUGACAGUACUUUUUAAAGGUUCGACACGCAGAAGGUGAUAUGCAUAGCGGACUGUUUUUUAAGCGUGCAAUUCGUUGGCCAAAUGAGACUUAACGCGGUGUGAUUAUGCAAUCGUUUUAUUUUUUCCUCUGUUGACUUAUUGUAAGUAUGAUAAUUUAUCGUUUGUGCGAGCGCAUUACUUUAUAUGACGUAGGAGAAGAUUAACGAUAACGAGAAGAAUAACGUGUCGUCGAUAUAAUAGGAAUACGUAAAUGGAAUGCUUCAUAAGACUUAGUAUUAUUAUAUACGCAUGGUUCGAUCCGUUUGUGUUUCUGCACGAUGUAGAUUUUGGAUAAAUGUUGAAGAAAUCGAUUCUCUUGCCGAGUUUCCUUCGUUCUGUGUAUUUCGUUCGACCGACUUUCAAUUUUACUCGUUGCACAUUUAAAUUCCUUUCGAUGUGUGGAACGUAUCCAUGAUCGGUCGAAGUUAAUAAAAAAUUUGUCAUUUUCGGGUGGUAAAAAUUUUGAGGUGUUAUUAUAAUUGUAGAAAAUGAUUUACGAUAGUAAGAUGUAGAUAAAAAUCGAUGUUAAAAGUUACAUUGUGUUUAUGUAAAAUAGUACGUGAUUUCAUUAUUGUAUAAGUAUCUAUCAUUUUAUCAGACCUUAUAGGAAAACGUAAUGAAUAGAAUAAGCAUGAAAAUAUUGAUGCCAAUCUAUGAAUUUAUUACUUUUCUUUAGAAUACCUUCUCUCACAAUCAGAAAGUUACUUAUGUUAUAUUUUAUUCUGGAAUGUAUUAUAAUAAUAUCAAGAUCAACAGUUGUACUCCUGAGGUGUAUCUAGUAUGUACAUUAAAUUUAUAUUUAAAAUUAAAAUUCAGAUGUAGAUUGUAUAGAUUGAGCAUUAAAUCGUUUCAAUUUUUAAUUAGAAGCAGUGUAACGAUAAUUCAUCUUUUAUUCUCAAAGUAUCAAUUUAAAUAUUAUUUAGAUACAUAACUAUCAGAACUUCGGCAGAAAUUAGUGAAUAUUACGAAAGCAGGUCGUACCUGCACAUCGAUUUCUUUUACUUUCAAUCGACAUCUACAUUUAGCACGAAGACAAGUGGAUAAGUGACCGUGCAUAUAUUUCUAGACACAUACGUAUAUGUAUAUGUUUUUGUACAAGAUGAAUGUGAGUAUUAUUACGCGAUAACGAUUCUGUAAAACGCAAUGCGAUUUACCCAAUUACCCCGUUGGUUAUGCGAUCUUUUAUAAAUUUUAAUUUACAUAGAUAGGUAGCGCGAAGCCCAGAAAGUGCGAAUCGUACGAGAUUUGUCCCAUUUAAGAGGAUGUUACACGUAGUGAUGCACUUGAAAACGCAGCUCGAAGAAGCAAUAAGCCACGAUACAUCUAUAUCUUUUAACGAUUUCUUUUAACGCGACCUAGCUUUCUGAAGAUUUCUCAUUAAGUAAAGAUCAAUUUGAAAUUGUACAAUUUAUAUAGUUGGAAAGCUUACAUCGAUCAAUUUUUAAUUGUCUUCGUUUCAUUACUUUAUUUUUAUUAUGAAACAUUAUACGCAAUUCGUUUACCGAUAUCGGUAUAUUAUUGAAUCAGAUUUAUAAUAUUUGAAUAAUUUUAUUAUUUUGUAAUUUUUAGAGAUAAAUUUUAUUUUUGGUUUAUCUUUGCACGCAUAAUGAUUUUUUUUUUUUUUGUAUAAUUGAUUAUAAUAUGUUGCAUAAUUGUACCGUUUCUUACUACGAAUACUUUGUUGCGUUUAUCGAGUCACGAGUUUUAGAUUUGUAUACAGGGUUGCGUGCAUGUUGCAAACGACAGCGUUCGAUAAAAAUGUUCAGUCAACUGAAAUGGUCAUUAUUGUAUGAUCGUUAAAUGAAUAGAAUGUACAUAUCUGCAAAAAACAACAGAAUAAAUUGGAAAUGACAAAUUGGAAACGUCAAUCACACACAAAUAAAGUUCUAAAAAUAUUUGCGAAUAUUUUUAGAAAGUUAUUGCAUACAAAUUAUUCUAUUGUAAUGAACGAUAUUUCCAUAAAAUUCUUUGUAGCAUUAAGGUAUCAGUUUGUUUUUCCAAACACGUUUGUUAUCGCUAAGGAAGAUAUAAUAAACUAUAUUUUGCGUUCUUUAUGGAAAAUGAAAAUCAGAAAAUCGACAAAACUGAAUCUAUCGUGCUUUCCUUUUCUGAUCUUCGUGUGUAAAUCACAAAGCUGUCGAAUAAGUAUCAUUCGAAUAUUUAGGGAUAAAAAAUUAUAAUAACCGUAACCACGAUAUUUGAAUAGAUAUAAUCUGGCGCAGUUAAAACAUCGAUAAUCAGACAUUGCAAUAACACGAUAUUUGAAUCGAUGGAAUUUUGCAUGGAAAAUUGUUAUUAACUACGAUAAAAAAUAAUUAAUUGCAGCAAAAUCAAUAUUCUAUCACAAUAGAAAAUACGGGCGACCUUUGCGUACACACUAAAACUUUCGAUCGAGUUACAUUAGUCUCAAAUAUUUGCUCGGGGAAUAUUGUAAUGAAUGCAAAGAAACGUAAGUUCCAUUCAUUUGACUCAACAUGAGGCGCGAAUCUAAAGCAGAAUCGUGCAAGUUUGUUCUCUCUGGUUGAAACAAUAUGGUUCGGAUUUAAAGAUAAAAGAAGAAGACGAGAAAAACGAAAAAAAUAGACACGAGGUGAAUUGUACAUUCAGGCGAAAAUAGUACGAAAGCACGCGCGUAGAAUCUAUUGUAUACUCGUGUGUGUGAAGCACGAAAACGCUUGAGACCGAGCUAGUUUCGUUUUUUAGGGGACAGAAUCGAGGAUCAAAGUUUAGAAGAAUUUACCGAUUAACCGCCUGAAAUACGUUUUUUCUAGACGAAUACGAACAACUUAUUACUGUUUUAUAACGUGUAGAGGAUGACAAAAGUGAUAGCGUAGUGGAUGAAACACGUGCGUGUACCAACGAUUCCUCAUUGUACGCAGAUAGUCAUUCGCUGUUAAAGUAUAGUCGACACUUUAUGUUCAUUUCGAGAGAAAUGUUUUCCUGCUGUACACUGUACGUUUAUAUUUCCGCUGAACGCUGAAUAAAUUAUUAUUUUCUAUGCUACAACAAA